UAUUACUAAGGUGUUGCUGCAACUGUACAGAAAGCAAGUAAACACGUCUGAACAGAGAAUUUGAUUCAAAACAUGCACACCCAAAAACUAACAAACAAACAAGACAAAAAAAACUUGAAAAAUACAAAUGUACAAAUGGAUAUUCACAGAAGAUCUCUGAUCUGAUGUCACCAGAGACACAUGUACUUAGAGGUUUGUAUUUUUUUGGGAGGAUGGAUUUGAUCUUGAUUAAAUAACAUUUCAAAACAAAAUAAUCUUACCAGGUCAUAUUCUAAAUCUGACAAAUUUAGAUUGUAGCUACAGUUAGUUUGACUGGUUGAGAAAAGGUGAACUAGUAGCUUUAAUCAGGUUUUCCAGGUUUCAAUACUUGGUUUGUAUGAAUUGAUAUCAUUUUCCCAAAAGAAGGCAUAUGCAUUUUCACAGUGGUUUAGAGUAAGGAGGGGGCUUAGAUAAGAAUCAGCCACACACACAAAAGUAAAUUAUAGAGCAGUCUUGAGUAAUGUUUUGAUAAUUAUCACAGAAACAAAAAAAGGAGCUCGAUCAGUGAGGGAUCCUGGGAAAAAGCAACAACACACACAGGAGAAGAAUGUGAGAAAAAUCAGCAGAACAGAGCAACCAUUGAAAGUGCAGUUUACUGCGGAUGAUUCACACUGGUAUCACACUGCUUUCUCAGGGCCGGAUUUGGUCUGAGAUGAGGGGCCCCACCCUCAUGUAACUGGGGAUGGGCAUGCUGGAAAGUGCCAAGGUUUGUUGUAUCUUAUAGGAUAUGACUUGGGUAGAACUGGGACAAAAGGAAGGAAAGAAAAGUGACAGGUCAGACAGGAAGCUGAAACAAGCCCUCACAGCCCUGAGAGAAAAACACAGAUAUCAAAUAAGUAGACCACCCAAAUGAAUUAGCACAGCCUGCCGGAUAAACAAACAAACCUUCAGUGGAGCAGUGAACCAAAAAGGAAGUUUAUUCAUAUUUACUCCACUUACAGACUGGAUUUCUCUCAGGAAAAAAAUAAAUAUGGGUCAAACAAGAGUUAACCACAAUCCCUGAGGAAGCAAGAACUCAUGAUUUGAUUGUUAAAGAUGGUCAAAUUAAUAUCAGAACUGGGAACAAAACUGCUUUUCAUUCAGUCACAUGAAUGUUACGUGGAAAUGUUGUCUAAAUUUCCACAAUCUAGAACAGUCAGCUUUUGUUUCUUAUCUUUUAGAAAGUUAUGUCUUUUGUGCCAACAGACAAAACGAAAACAUGGUAAAACAUCACGUGGUUUUUGCUGCUUCUCUGAAUCCAUAACUGAACACAAAUUCACAAUUAUAAAUAGGAUACAAACAAAAUCUUAUUUUGCAUUCUCUAUUUACAUCUGGUUUGUGGACCUCCUGAAAUAUCUUGUUUCAUGACCAGUUUAUUUAUUUAUUUAUUUAUUUAUUUAUUAGCUUUUUCUUCAAGGAUAAUUUUCCUUCAUUGCGUCAGUCAGGCGUUUUGAUUUUACACCACAAGAUGGCGACAAAAUAACAAGGAAUUUCAGGAAUGUGACUGUAUUAAACAACUAAAUGCUAUAACCAAGAAACUUUUGUGUUUCAAACUGACCCCGAAAACGAAAAAAAUAAUGAAAUAAAAUAAGAUAAAAAUUCUGAAUAAUCAAAUAAUUGAGAGGCCACUUUGACGACCGUAUGAAUGCUUCGUUUGUUAAUGUGACUGUUUUUGUAAUGCAACUAAAACAUGUUGGUAAUUGUGCUUACUUUUUCGCAUCAAAAUAAUAAAAAAUACUCGGAAAAAAAAAUUAAAAUGGCACAGUUCUUUUGGCUGACCUGGGAGGUCAGUUUAAGAUGUUAAUUUCCAGGAUAUUACAUAUCAAAUGGGCGGAGAACUGAAGACGUUUCCUCUGUGCUUGGACGCUGACAAUGACAGAGUCCGUCCAACAGAGCAACAUGACACAUUCUGGCUAUUUUAUAUGGAUUUUCAUCUCCUCAUGUGGUAUAAUUGCCAGUAAUGUGAAGAAUUUGCCUCAUGUGAUAAAGUACCAAACAGCGACACCUCAGAGGUUGCAGGGCAUGCCUCUUCCAAACGAUGUUGCUGCUGCACACAAGAAAUACCCAGAUGUAGUUCAGUACUCUGUUAGUAUUGCUGGGAAAAACCACACUCUGCACCUGGAGAAGAACAAAGGUUUUUGUUGGGAAAAGCUUUGCUGUGACCUACAAUUCUGAUCAGGGUACCCAAGUUUCAACUACCUCCAACCAUGAGAGAGAGAGAGACAGAAAGAGUUUGACCUGGCGCUGAAUUCUGUCACAGCUUGUCUCUGCUAAAUGAAAGUGACAGGGGGGGAGAUUUCACUGAGCAGCUGUGGCACAUUGGUCAGUGUGUCCAAUUGAAAGUGAAGAAUGGACUCUCAGGACAUCCUGCAACAUGAAAAUACUUAAUUUUACAUGUCUCCAUAUGAGAUUAAUUAAUUAAUUUGUUUGUUUAUACAUUUAUGUUUUACCCACAUUUUCUUAUUUUAUUAUGGUCAUUAAAACUAUCUAACUAACUAUAAGAUGUUAAUCUGGAUAGUUAGAGAACAAAAGAUCAAAAUACUGUGGAAACCAUCUCUGGAGAUAAUGAGGGAUGUUAUAGGAUUAAAAAAACAUGUAUGUACAAGGAAAUAAAUGAUCAGAUUCCUCAUGUUUCAUGUACAUGACUGCAUUUCUGGUACAUGAUCUAACCUGACCUAAACUAAGAGGAAAUGUUACAAAGAACUGUUUGUGGGCUUUUAUGGUUGUUUUAUAUUUCAAAUGGUCACUUUAAUGUCUAUUUAUGUUUUUAUUACUGAGUGGUUGUCGUGUGGCUACCCAAUGAAUGCUAAGUGUUUUUUGUGCAUUACUUUAAACUGUUUUUCCCUUUUGUUUUAUUUUUACUUGUGUUUUAUGAUCUUUUUUUGAUAUUUCAUCCUGGUAUUUGUGUCUAUCAUGUGGGUUUUAUAUUACAGCAUCAGUAGCAGAGGCGUUAUAGCUCCACAAGCUGCUCUGUAGUGCACCAUUCAGCACUAUGAUUGGCUCUUUAUCCAUUGUGUAGCUUUUCAUUAUAAUUUCAGUUUCUAUUUAUUUUUAAUCAAAAUUAUCAGAUAUUUCUUGUGUCAUGAUUGUAAUUCUUAAAUAUAUCUCGCAAAUAUCUGCAACCACAGUGAUGGAAAGAUUGUGCCUUCAUUUGUAUUCCGUUUAAAUAAAUCACUCAAACUAUUUAUUCCUUCUUGUUUUCAUUCAGAAGCCAUUUGUUUGGGUUCAAAAGUGGUUACCUAGCAAUCUAUGAAACAAACACAUUACCAGACAGAGCUAAUUGUUUUACGCUCAGAGAUGUGUAUGGUUCUGGGAAUGGAUCGUUUACUUAGUGAGAAGGAAGAGCGGGAUACGCUUACCUGGAUAGAUAAAAUACCUUUCUCCAGGUCCAAAAAAAACGUCAGCAGGGACUUCAGUGAUGGAGUGAUGGUUGCGGAGAUUGUUAAGCAUUAUUUCCCAAGGAUUGUUGACAUUCACAACUAUAUUACUUCCUGCAAUACGCAGCAGAAACGCAGCAACUGGAAACUUCUCAACAAGAGGGUGUUUUCCAAGCUGGACUUUUAUGUCUCAGAGGACAUGGUGGAGAAGAUUGUUUCAAGCACUCCUUGUGUGAUACUGCCAGUGCUGUUUUUCCUCAAGGAGAAGAUAGAGAAUAAACUGGCGCAAGCAACAAGGACACAGCAUUACUCUCGGAAUCAGGAGAAUCUGUUUUCAGAUGUAGAAAUUCAACAGGCCGAAGCAGGAAUUAUGGCUCAACUGGCAGAGAUGAAGAUUACAGAGCCAACACAGGAACCGCAGCAACAGAUGUUUUUCCCAGAGAUCAGCCGUUUAACUUUGCGGCAAGUCAUGCUGGAAAAAGAACUUUUGGUCCAGGAACUUCAGGAUAAUAUGAAGAUCCUUCAGGUGAAAGUGAACAAGUUGGAGGAGCUCGUUCAAUUGAAGGACAAGCGCAUUGAACAUCUGACAAGUCUUCCAGAGGUGUACAAAACUAAACUAUUGCUACCUGGUUAAAAAGGAACUCACAGUCACUAAAUUUUAUUUUUUCUGGAAUAUAUACUAAAAAUACUGAAGAUGAGGGAGUAUCAAUACGUUAAUUAAUUUGUUUUAAAAUGUAAUUAAUAAAGAACAACUGCAUGACCA